CUUACUUUCAGUUUUACUGGAAGCGCACAUUUGUCAAUCAAAAGCAGCCGGUCUGGUCUGGAGCACGUAGUCGGGGAGCUACGAUCGCCUGAUGUUUCUUGUUAUUCACGAAAGCGAUUGCGCCGGUUUUCCAGCGUAGCGCCGUGUGGCGUGAGCCCGAAUGACGCGGUGCAGUUGAGGGAGGCUUAAAGAGACAACAGUGAAAUCAUUGCAACUUGAGGACAAGAGGCACCAAACGAGGAAGGUAGCGACGAACGCAGAACCAUGACUUCGACUGCGUUUCGGUAGCUAACAUUUGAAGCAGACGUUGGGCCAAGAGGAUCAGUGUUUCUGGCAGAUAACCAGUUGACAUCACACCAGUCUGUUUGUCCCUGCUGUUGGUUGCCUGCUCUGCUGUGGCCCUGCAUCAUGGAGAGUGUCCACAGUGUCACUGAAGGCUGACCAGAAGGAAUGAGGCACUCCAGGAGAUGUUCCCAAGUGGCCUUGUGGAUGCAGUAGCUGUGUUUCAGAGUGCUUUUUGUGACUAGUGUUGUAUGUGUGUCUUUGGACACAUCCUAACACCACCUGCCUAUUUGUAAGGCAGGGACAUGCUGCUCUGAGACUGGAGUGAAGAAACGCAUAAUAAAGGAACCCCUCUGGUAAACGAAGAAAAAAGGAAAAGCUGUCCAAUAGACGCACGGGUCCAUUCGACUGCAGUUUCGGCUCAUUUAAGUGUCUUCUGAACCACUGCACAUUUUAACAGCAACACCUUUCCUCUGUCCUGUGAGAUUGUCUCCCUCCCCCUCCCUAAAACAUUCUCCAUUGUUAUUGGAGUUUCUAUGGUUUGCAUGGCUGGAAAAUAACCGUGGAGAGGCCAGGGUAUCACAAGCUUAUGGAUUUUGACAAGAGAGGGGGCAAGGGAGAGACAGAGGAAGGGAAAAAGAUGUCUAAGACGACAGGCGGCAGGACUGGACAUGGGAGCAGGAGUACAGGGACCAAUUCUGGAGUUCUUAUGGUUGGUCCAAACUUCCGUGUGGGUAAAAAAAUUGGCUGUGGAAACUUUGGAGAACUGCGGCUGGGAAAAAAUCUCUAUACUAACGAAUAUGUGGCCAUCAAAUUGGAACCUAUAAAAUCCAGGGCGCCGCAGCUCCAUUUGGAGUAUAGAUUUUACAAACAGUUGGGAAAUUCAGAGGGAAUCCCUCAGGUGUACUAUUUUGGUCCCUGUGGGAAAUACAAUGCCAUGGUGCUGGAGCUGCUUGGGCCCAGUCUAGAGGACCUGUUUGACCUCUGUGACCGCACCUUCUCCCUCAAGACCGUCCUCAUGAUAGCCAUACAACUGAUAACGCGGAUGGAGUAUGUCCACACCAAGAGUCUGAUCUACAGAGAUGUGAAGCCUGAAAACUUUCUUGUUGGGCGGCCAGGAAGCAAGAGGCAGCACACCAUCCACAUCAUUGACUUUGGUCUGGCCAAAGAGUACAUAGACCCUGAGACCAAAAAACACAUCCCCUAUCGGGAGCACAAGAGUCUGACUGGGACGGCACGCUACAUGAGCAUUAACACACACCUGGGAAAGGAACAAAGCAGAAGGGAUGAUUUGGAGGCGCUGGGUCACAUGUUCAUGUACUUCCUUCGAGGCAGCCUUCCCUGGCAAGGCCUAAAGGCUGACACCUUGAAGGAGAGGUAUCAGAAAAUUGGAGACACCAAACGAGCAACGCCGAUUGAAGUGCUUUGUGAAAGUUUCCCUGAAGAGAUGGCCACCUACCUGCGCUAUGUGAGGAGGUUGGACUUCUUUGAGAAGCCUGACUAUGAUUACUUGAGGAAGCUCUUUACCGAUCUGUUUGACAGGAACGGCUACGUCUUCGACUACGAAUAUGACUGGGUCGGCAAAUCACUCCCCACACCAAUAGGCCCUAUCCCCAGUGAUACGCCCCUGCAGCCCAGCAGCAGAGAUAAAGCACAGCAGCAGACCAAAAACCAGUCGCCUGAGCCCAAAGGAAGUGAGUCUCAGCCCACUCCCGUGACCAAUAAGGAGACUCUGGGGUCGCACCUCACAGCUGAGCGGCUGGGGGGCUCUGUUCAGGUGAUGAGCUCAACAAACGGCGAGUUGAACACUGAUGAUCCCACAGCUGGACACUCCAACGCUCCCAUCACCGCUCCCACCGAGGUUGAUGUACCUGACGAAACCAAGUGCUGUUGUUUCUUCAAAAGAAGAAAGAGGAAAGCUCUCCAGAGGCACAAGUGAAAGAAGAGAACAGAGAGAACUUGAAACAUUGUGGUCACUGUCAAGUUUUAAAUGGAAGCAACUACACAGUCCCCCCCCCCCCCCCUUUCCCCUGCCCAUUAUCGCUUUCCAGCUCCUCCCCAUCACCUCCUUACUCUGUUCACGUCAUUCCCC